UUUUGAUAAAUAUAGCGCUCACACUUCACCUAAAGAAUUUGCUCAACUUUACAAAUUUAGGUGCAAAAAUGCGUGGUUUUGUCGUGUUUUUGAUUACUAUUGCAUCUUUGCCUUUUGUGGCACCUACCCCCGUCUUGACAGUUUUCGAACUAAGUGUUAAAAUUAUCGAAAUCACAAAAAGUCUGUUAGAAACAGUUGUGAGUUUGAACGAGUUUGCCGACACAGCUGAUCCCACCAAUAAAAAAGUAAAAUUUUUAUUUUCGAGCCUAGAUAGCAUCGCGGUUCAGACUGGAGAAAUAAAUGAAAAAAUUCACCAAGCUGACGAAACCGUAAAUAUAAUUACCAGGACGGCACAGAAUUUACCAGAUGAUAUUCGAUUUGAAUUAAAGUUAAAUGAGAUACAUAUGAAGCAAAUCUACCUGAAUAUUUAUUAUAGAGAUAUGGAGAAGUAUGUGAGAGAUGCUGAUGAGUUUGAAAAUUCAACGUUGAUUAAUUUUGCUGAUGGAGCUGUGUCCAAUAUGUCUAAUUCUGUCGCAUUUCUGAUAGAAUCGAUCCAUCAACAAGUAACAUCUCAAGAUUUCUUAUAUCUUUUUUCGGAAAGUUUUGACCCCACUAUGAACAACUAUUUUUGCACAGAGGGACAAUCAGCUGCUCAGAUAUUACACAACUUUAUGAAUGAACUGCUUGUAUUGAACGUGAAGAGUUAUACUGUCAUAUGUGCGGCUUAUAUGAUCAAAAAUUUGUACAAAAGUGGUAAUUUUUCCAAAGAAAUAGAAGACACUAGUGAACAAUUCCAAAAGAGAAUUAACACUUUGAUGUUAGCUGUAAAGCCUUACAUGGCAAAAACCUCAACGGAAUUGUGGAGGUGUGACCCCUACCAUCAUGAAAAAGAAAUAACGUACAUUGAAAUCACGAACUUCCUUCAUGGCAUUAUUUUAAACCAAAUGAAUCUAGAUCCACGUAGAGAAUGUCGUGAUGGAUGCGACACUUUUACAUAUACAGAGAAGUAUAAUUGUCAGGAUGAAUGGUGCAAGGAAGAAAUAACAUGUCCGAAAGUUAUGAACUGCCGCUACAUCGAUUCGUCGAUGGAAGUUUGUCGCUCCAGUAACAUAUUUACAACUAACAGAAGAUACGACUAUAUCGAGUUUACAAACGGAAACCGUUUUGGAGAAAAAAACAACUGUAGCUCUAAAACCAUUCACUUGGAAACUUAUCGAAAUUGGCUAAUUUAUGGAUGCGCGUACUGUUACUGUUUGUGUGAAGAAGGGCCAAAAUUCUUUUCCGAUAGAUACAUUAACAUGCGUUUGGUUCAGUCAAACGUUACUGACAAUAAAGUUGUGACCGGUUUACGUUUCGUCAGGCAUUAUAAAGUCAUUCAUCUGCAAGUACAAGAAGGGAGACUUCUCCCAUACGGACAAAUUGAUGUUGAUAGUGUUCGUUGGGUACCACUUGAAGAUUACAGUGUCCUUGACAAAACUUAUCGCGAUGGUAAAGACUACUACACGUUUAAAUGGGAUCAAAGACACCUCGAUUUAGCUGACAUUAUGGCCGAAGAAGGAAGUGUUGUAACGGGGGUUGCAUUUAAAAAAGUCGAUACUCGCUUACAUUUGCAGGUACAAACUACUCCAUUCAACUUCAUAACAGGGAAACUUACAAACAAAUUAAGUUCUUUAAGAGAUGACCCUGGCAUCGCUCUUAAACAUAGAUUCGACUCACAAUUGCAGCUUGAUAGGGUCGAUGUUCCUACUCGUUCAAGAUCACCUUCGCAUCAGUUUACAACGAAUAAGUUAGUCGAGUUUACUAAUACCGGUUAUGAAAAAGAUGCCGGUCAAACGACAGUGCCCUUCUUUGAUGCGCAACCUUUAGAAUCAGCAAUACCUGUACCGUUGGUAGGAGUUGGAGUUUUUCAUAAGGGAAAAUCGGGGUUUGGAGGAUUUAUUACACCCAGAAUUUUCACCUACAAUUUCACGAAACAUUUAGGACCCGUUUUUUCUCUAGAUAAAAACGGACGUUUACGUAUUAAUUGAUUCUGAUGUUUAGAAUAGUAAUUAUCCUGUGGGACAAUUUACAUAAUAUUGGAUAAAACUAUUAAAUAAAAAUAUAAAGUUAGA